GGAAAAGAGAAAAAUACAGUGUUACUCCAAUAUUUCCAUGUGUAAGGAAAACAAUCAAAGCUCGGCUCUAAGGAAAAACAAAUAAAAGAGGCUGCGCAAAUGCAUCCGAAUCUUCAAACACAAUCCAUUUCCGGUCUGGGGCCCUGGGAAAACAAGGAGAGGAGAGACAAAUAAGGUAGCCGAAUUCAGUCCGCCAGUGUCCCAUAAUCCUCUUCUCUCGGUUCCUCUUUCCUCGCUCAAGAUGGCGCUGCCCGCGGUGCAUUCUUGGCGCUGGGCGGCUGCGGCGGCUGCUUUCGAAAAGCGCCGGCACUCCGCGAUUCUGAUCCGGCCUUUAGUCUCUGUUAGCGGCUCAGGUCCGCAGUGGAGGCCACAUCAACUCGGCGCCUUGGGAACCACUCGAGCCUACCAGCAGAUCCCAGAGUCAUUAAAAAGUAUCACAUGGCAGAGAUUGGGAAAAGGCAAUUCAGGACAGUUCUUAGAUGCUGCAAAGGCUCUCCAGGUAUGGCCACUGAUAGAAAAGAGGACAUGUUGGCAUGGUCAUGCAGGAGGAGGACUCCACACAGACCCAAAAGAAGGGUUAAAAGAUGUUGAUACUCGGAAAAUCAUAAAAGCAAUGCUGUCUUAUGUGUGGCCCAAAGACAGGCCAGAUCUACGAGCUAGAGUUGCCAUUUCGCUGGGAUUUUUGGGUGGUGCAAAGGCCAUGAAUAUUGUGGUUCCCUUCAUGUUUAAAUAUGCUGUAGACAGCCUCAACCAGAUGUCGGGAAACAUGCUGAACCUGAGUGAUGCACCAAAUACAGUUGCAACCAUGGCAACAGCAGUUCUGAUUGGCUAUGGUGUAUCAAGAGCCGGAGCUGCUUUUUUUAACGAAGUUCGAAAUGCAGUAUUUGGCAAGGUAGCCCAAAAUUCAAUCCGAAGAAUAGCCAAAAAUGUCUUUCUCCAUCUUCACAACCUGGAUCUGGGUUUUCACCUGAGCAGACAGACGGGAGCUUUAUCUAAGGCUAUUGACAGAGGAACAAGGGGUAUCAGUUUUGUCUUGAGUGCUUUGGUAUUUAAUCUUCUUCCCAUCAUGUUUGAAGUGAUGCUUGUCAGUGGUGUUUUGUAUUACAAAUGCGGUGCCCAGUUUGCUUUGGUAACCCUUGGAACACUUGGUACAUACACAGCAUUCACAGUUGCAGUCACACGGUGGAGAACUAGAUUUAGAAUAGAAAUGAACAAAGCAGAUAAUGAUGCAGGUAAUGCUGCUAUAGACUCACUGCUGAAUUAUGAAACUGUGAAGUAUUUUAAUAAUGAAAGAUAUGAAGCACAGAGAUAUGAUGGAUUUUUGAAGACGUAUGAGACUGCUUCAUUGAAAAGUACCUCUACUCUGGCUAUGCUGAACUUUGGUCAAAGUGCUAUUUUCAGUGUCGGUUUAACAGCUAUAAUGGUGCUCGCCAGUCAGGGAAUUGUGGCAGGUACCCUUACUGUUGGAGAUCUAGUAAUGGUGAAUGGACUGCUUUUUCAGCUUUCGUUACCCCUGAACUUUCUGGGAACUGUAUAUAGAGAGACUAGACAAGCACUCAUAGAUAUGAACACCUUAUUUACUCUACUCAAGGUAGACACCCGAAUUAAAGACAAAGUGAUGGCAUCUCCCCUUCAGAUCACACCACAGACAGCUACCGUGGCCUUUGAUAAUGUGCAUUUUGAAUACAUUGAGGGCCAGAAAGUCCUUAGUGGAAUAUCCUUUGAAGUCCCUGCAGGAAAGAAAGUGGCCAUUGUAGGAGGUAGUGGGUCAGGGAAAAGCACGAUAGUGAGGCUAUUGUUUCGCUUCUAUGAGCCUCAAAAGGGUAGCAUUUAUCUUGCUGGUCAAAAUAUACAAGAUGUGAGCCUGGAAAGCCUUCGGAGGGCAGUGGGAGUGGUACCUCAGGAUGCUGUCCUCUUCCAUAAUACUAUUUAUUACAACCUCUUGUAUGGAAACAUCAGUGCUUCAGCUGAGGAAGUGUAUGCAGUGGCAAAAUUAGCUGGACUUCAUGAUGCAAUUCUUCGAAUGCCACAUGGAUACGACACCCAAGUAGGGGAACGAGGACUCAAGCUUUCAGGAGGAGAAAAGCAAAGAGUAGCAAUUGCAAGAGCCAUUUUGAAGGACCCCCCAGUCAUACUCUAUGAUGAAGCUACUUCAUCGUUAGAUUCGAUUACUGAAGAGACUAUUCUUGGUGCCAUGAAGGAUGUGGUCAAACACAGAACUUCUAUUUUCAUUGCACACAGAUUGUCAACAGUGGUUGAUGCAGAUGAAAUCAUUGUCUUGGACCAGGGUAAGGUAGCCGAACGUGGUACCCACCAUGGUUUGCUUGCUAACCCUCAUAGUAUCUAUUCAGAAAUGUGGCAUACACAGAGCAGCCGUGUGCAGAACCAUGAUAACCCCAAAUGGGAAGCAAAGAAAGAAAAUAUAUCCAAAGAGGAGGAAAGAAAGAAACUACAAGAAGAAAUUGUCAAUAGUGUGAAAGGCUGUGGAAACUGUUCGUGCUAAGUCACAUAAGACAUUUUCUUUUUUUUGUUGUUUUGGACUACAUAUUUGCACUGAAGCAGAAUUGUUUUAUUAAAAAAAUCAUACAUUCCCA